AUGUAUGCGCAUAAAGAUUCAAGCGGAAGAGUAACAGAAGAAUUUCUCAACGGAGCAGAGAUGUUCAUGUACCACGCCGGACAGACGUUUCUCACACUAGAAACGGGUAAACUGUUUUGUCCCUGUCGUAAAUGCAACAAUGCCAAGUUUGCUGCAAGUGAAACGGUUUGGAAACAUAUAAUAAAUAGAGGAUUUACUCCACAUUACUAUAUCUGGUUUAACCACGGAGAAGCUGGUAAUAUGAAUGAAGCUAGUAGUAGUAAUCAGGUUGAAAAUGUUCGUAACAGAGAGGAACCACAUUUACCUUCUGAAAGUUUUAACCUUCAUGAGGAUCAUAUGGUAGAUCAUGAUAGGAUGCAUGAUAUGGUUACAGAUGCAUUUCGUGAAACAAGAUCAAUAAUAGAGGAGGUAGAAAAUGUAAAGGGGCCUAAUUUGGAUGCAAAAAGAUUUUAUGAGAUGCUAGCAGCAGCUUAUGAGCCAAUUUAUGAAGGUUGUAGAGAAGGUCUUUCUAAAUUAUCAUUGGCAGCUAGGAUUAUGAAUAUCAAAAUUGAUCAUAACUUACCUGAAGUUUGUAUGGAUGCAUGGGCUGAGUUGUUUAAAGAGUAUUUGCCUGAAGAUAAUCAGUGUGCUGAAUCUUAUUAUGAGAUUCAGAAACUGGUUCAUAGCCUUGGUUUACCUUCGGAGAUGAUUGAUGUGUGUGUACACAACUGUAUGAUAUACUGGGGAGAAAAUGCAGAAUUGUUAGAGUGUAAAUUUUGCAAGAAGCCACGAUAUAAACCGCAAGGACGUGGGCGGAAUAGGGUACCGUACCAGCGGAUGUGGUACUUACCUAUCAAGGAUAGACUGAAGAGAUUAUAUCAAUCUGAAAAGACGGCAGCAGCGAUGAGAUGGCGUGCAAAACAUACUCAGAAGGAAGGCGAGAUCAAUCAUCCCUCUGAUGCAAAAGCGUGGAAAUACUUGAAUUCGGUGUACCCUGAUUUUGCAAGCAACCCCCGCAACGUUUAUCUUGGGCUCUGCACAGAUGGCUUUAAUCCAUUUGGAAUGUCUGGAAGACAAUAUUCGCUUUGGCCAGUUUUCUUAACGCCAUACAACCUUCCACCAGAGAUGUGUAUGAGAAAGGAAUUGCUUUUCAUGAGUAUAUUGAUAUCUGGGCCAAAGCAUCCGAAGAGGUCUCUUGAUGUUUUUCUACAGCCUUUGAUGGAAGAAUUGAAGGAAUUAUGGUCAACAGGCGUGCAGACAUAUGAUUGUUCAACGAAAACAAACUUUACAAUGCGAGCAGUUCUUUUGUGGACCAUUAGUGACUUCCAGCAUACGGGAUGUUGUCAGGUUGGACGACGCAUGGAAGGCUAUCUUGUCCUUAUUGUAUGGGAAGCACAGACACAUUUCAGCUGA